AUGCCUAAGACUCACGAUCCCUCUCACAACCGAAAACAGUUCUUCAAGAUUUUGGGAGUAUUGGGCUUCCUCCUGUGGCUCCUGUUCCUCGGGACCAUGAGUUACUUGUACGGAUCUAUUUACAAGUUUCCCUCGAGAAUACAUGCUUUCCGCGUAUUACAUGUUGACUUCGACAAUGGAAUCAUCGGCGAGAGCCUCGCAGGGGCGUACAACCAGUUGCAGGGCCCUUCAUUCCCAACUUUGGUGGAGAAACCCGCCGUCGACUAUCCAGAUCUCGAGAGCGUAGUCAGCAAAGUGAGGUCUGCGGAUUACUGGGGCGCGUUUGUGGUCCAUUCCAAUUCAUCAGACCGCCUUUCGAUGGCUUUGAAAGGAGGAGAAGCAGCUGAGACGUACAAUUCUACUCCUGCAUUGACGUAUGUGUGGAAUGAAGUUCGUUAUCCACCCAUUUCUGACGAAGCGCUUGGCUCAUCCUUCGAAACACUUAUUGAAGCCACAAGACUGGCCUUUAAUGCGAAGUUCGCUCCCAAAGCGAUGGCGAGUAUGAAUAGCUCUGAUCCUGCAGCUUUACAGGUACUCCUGAACCCCAUCACUUCAGCUUCGAUUAACAUAACACCAACACCACAAGGGACCAAGCUGUUCUAUAAUACAGUAGGAAUGGUCAUGCCUAUCUUGCAGCAGUUCUUCUUUCUUCUGAUGCUUAACGGUGUGUCGUUUGAGCUGAAGAUAUACAAAAGCUUUAGCUAUACUGCCGUACUUCUCAUCCGGACCGCUUUCAGUGUUGUUUUCACUUUCGGGGCCGGCCUAUGCCAAGCAGGCUACAUUUGGGCUUUCAGGGAGAGUUGGGAUGUGAACGGGGGCCAAUUUGUCCUUACUUGGAUGACGUUAUGGCUUCUCAUGUAUAUUCACCUCCUAGUUUUAGACACUGGUACUGCAUUCUUACCUCCGCCCGCUCUACCGUUCCUUGUUCUUACCUAUAUCAUUUUGAACAUUACAGGCACGAUAAGCCCGUUCGAAGUCAAUCCAGGAUUCUACCGUUGGGCCUACGCUCUUCCAGGUCGAAACGCUUAUGAUGUUUUGACAGAUAUCUGGUCUGGUGGCGCUGUACCCCGUUUGUAUAGAGCUUUGCCUAUCCUCUUUGCUUGGCUGUUAGUGGCACAGGGCCUGGCGACAUUUGGACAUCACUUUAGGUUCCACAGGAUAAUGAAGCUUUACGAAAAAGACGAAAAGUCUGACAAUGAAGCUUCCGAUGACAAAGAGGGCCUACCUGAGUAUCCAUCUGAUUUGAAUUUACAUCGUCGCGUCAGCGAAGAAAUGACAAGUGAAGUUUGA